GCUGUCUCCCCUUUCCCUCAUGCUCCCCCUCAACCACACAGACACUCCUCCUGUGAGCAUUUGUGAGGCAGCUCCUGUCCCUUAUGUCUCUUUGUGGGGAACAGAACAGACUUUCCAGAGCAUCACUGGAGACAAGACAGAGCUCUAGGGAGGACACCCCAGGUGCAGACCUCCAUGCAACCCUGGCCUCAACUACUGGGGAUGCCAAGAUGAGCAGAAGGAGAGGCGACGCAGACCAACUCAAGCUGGAACAUUAAAACAUCCAGGAGGUCCAAACAGGAGCUGGAACUUAACAGCUGUACAAGAGGUCAAUUUUGAGUUGAAGGCGACAUGAUCAGAGCGAGCCGAUCAAAAUCAACAGCGCUGGACUGGAUCGCUAAGGAAAAAGGUGGAGUCUUAAUUUGAGCUUUUAGCGUCUCUUUAGAAAAGUUUUGUUUAAGAAGAAUCAACGUCCUAUUCCAUCCCACAGUGCUCCAUAUAUUGUGAGGCUAUUACGGAUCAAAGCACCAUUUGAAAUACGUACAAACGAUGGAAAGAGGAUCAUUUAUCUUAGCUUUUUCUUUUAUUAUUUUCAUCCAUCUGCGGAGCACUUUCUAAACAGUCAUUUGUGGUGUGAAAUUGAGAUACUCUUUAAAGGACAUCUUGAAUGGUCCCGACAGUGCUCUUAAUUCACCAGCCAGGCGUUUAUCUUAUUUCUCCAGCUCGUUCUCAGAGGGAGCUUUAAAGACUUGAUAGUGCUCUUGGGGAGCGGGUAAUAUUUCUUAUGUGAAGUCUUGAAACUUUACAGCUGUUGACUGGAGGGAGAGAAAAGUGUCACAUGCAUAAGAAAAUUAUGUUGAGCCGUUUUCCAUGUGGGAAAGGUGUGUGUCUGGACUAAUAUCGCCGCGGAGCAUUGAAGAGAGCAGAAAUGUUCACAGCGUGUGGAAUGGUCAGUGGCCAGAACCAGUACCUGACCAGAGACGCGGUCAGGCCCCAUCCCGGACUGGAGGUGAGCAGACCGAUCCAAAUGGAGAAUGGGGUAACCGCAGGGACCUGCUCCGUCUACCAUGAUCAAACUUACAGCAACGCUAGCCAGCCAGCAGCAGUCAACAAUGUUUCCAACCCUCUGAAGCCGAUGCCACUGCCAGUCCCUCCCCCUGCACUCAAACUAGGACAAGAAGGGUUUAAGAAAGUCUGCCGAACUGAGGAGGAUAGCCCCUGUCCCUUUCCGGGACUGGCCUCUGGUGUGCUGGAGAUGCGCGUGAAGGAGGGAAGUAAGAUCCGCAACUUAAUGGGAUUUGCCAUGGCUCGGAUGCAGGGAGAGAUGGGUGUGAGUGGGGGAGGUGUGAGUGGCGGUGGGCUCAGGCAGGUGGUCUUCACUGGGUCAGGCCGUGCGGUCACAAAGACCAUCACUUGUGCUGAGAUCAUGAAACGCAAAGUGGGCUCUCUGCACCAGCUGACCAAACUGCGGUACAAGGUGGUGAAAGAGGUGUGGGAGAGUAGCGAAGGGGGGACGUCCGAGAUGACGGUGCACAGGACUGUGCCCUCCAUCAGCAUCCUUCUCUCCAAAGACCCACUGGAUCCCCAGGAACCGGGCUAUCAGCCUCCAGAGACUCUCAGUGCAUUGUGGGAGGAGAGAGAGGGCGUCAAAUCUGCCUCGCAGACAGCAUGCAAGAGACCUCUUGGACCUUUGCCAUACAGCAGUUUCCCUCACUGUAAGAGAGUGUGUUUGGGGGAAGGAGUCUCAGUCAACCCUCCUCACUGACUGAACCGGUGUCAAACAGUGGAGAGGAUUGUAUCAGAGGAGUUCAUUUGGCGCUGCCCUCCACUCAAGCACAAUGCAGAGACAAUCAGAACACUCACUCAGACAGAACAGUGCUUUCUCAGAACAACUGAGUACCAAUUCCAGCCUCCAGAGGUCAGUUUGACUGGGACUUGAAAGCUUGCCUCUGUACAUACAGCAUUUAAGGGAUGUGUUUCUCGGCACGUCCAACAUGGUCGCUCACAUCCACACGAUUGUGACAUGUGCUACCGUGCUGUAUUUCACACCAACAAAAGAAAAAGCCAUGAAUUGCACAGGUCUCCAGAUUCCUGCUUGCAGUAAACCAUCUACAGCUUGUGGAUGAAAGUAUUUAUUAGCAUCCUGUUGCAAUCAUUUGUAUUCCUCCAUGCUCUUAAGUGUAGCCUUUUAAAAACACACAAGGUAGACCGAAGAAUAUAAAGUAAAGUUUAAAGCCAUUGACGGUAUGACAAAUGCAAAACAUACCAAUUUUGUUUUUGUCUGAUUAUUAACUAAUGAAAACAAAAAUUAAAUAAAUUGGUUUUUUUUGCAA